CUCAUGCAACAUCGCCAUCUGCAGUUGUAUACCUGUAACAGGGAAGUUACGAAACAUCUAGUGUGACGUCAUUAUACACAGCCAAAAUUGUUUUUGCCAUGUGUCCGUGAGAUUGAGGAUUUGAGCAUCGAUUUAUCUUACAAUUAAUUCGACACAGACAAUGGCAAGAAAGAAGACGAUUGACACAUCUGAACCCAAACAAACAACGGGCACGGUUUCUUGCGGAGGAAGGAAACGGCACAAGGAAGCAUUAGAGGACAGUAUAUCCAGAAAGCUAAGAAAGAAGAUAGACGGCCAAACCGAAGCAGGAGGUGACACACAGCCCAAUGGAAAGUGGCUUGGCAGUCAGAAGAAAGACAGGCAUACCAGCAUCGUGCAUUACAUUUACAAGAACACCUUGGGGCAGAAUAUCCACUCACAAAUGCGGCAGUGUUUUCAAGAGCCGUUCCUGCGGUCUCUGGCCUCGUACCGGCUCUACCGCACAGCCAGCCCCUUCGACCGCAGAGUUACAUGCCUGGAAUGGCACCCAACGCACCCCAGCACACUGGCCGUUGCGUCGAAGAGUGGGGACAUCAUCCUGUGGGACUACGAGGUCCUGAAGAAGACCACCUUUAUACAAGGGAAGGGACCUGGGGACUAUAUAGCGGGGAUGAAGUUCUUUCCCACGGACUCGACCAAAAUGUUCACUGCCUCAGGAGAUGGCACGCUUUCCCUGCAGAGCAUUGAUGUCGGGAAAGCCCAGGUGGUGUCCGGAACGCCAGAUUGUGAACACCAUCACCACAAUGUUUGUGUUUGGUACUGCAGCCUGGACGUUUCCUCAAGCCGUCAGGUGGUGGUGACUGGUGACAACAUGGGACGGGUGCUGCUUCUGGGCAUGGAGGGAGAGACAAUCUGGAAUCACAAGCUGCACAAAGCGAAGGUAACCCAUGCAGAAUUCAACCCUUGCUGUGAUUGGCUGCUGGCUACGGCAUCCGUAGACCACACGGUCAAACUGUGGGACCUUCGGAGUAUCAAAGACAAGAGCAGCUUUUUACAUGAGAUGCCACAUGAAAAGGCUGUCAACUCUGCCUAUUUCAGCCCCAUGGAUGGCUCCAAGCUCCUUACCACUGAUCAGUACGAUCAAAUCAGGGUUUACUGCUCUUCUGAUUGGUCAAAUCCCCAGAAGAUCAUCUCGCACCCACACCGCCAGUUUCAGCACCUCACACCUAUCAAGGCCACCUGGCACCCCAUGUACGAGCUCAUCGUGGCUGGCCGCUACCCCGAUCAACGAGUCUGCAGGGGUGAAUUGAGGACCAUCGACAUCUUUGAUGCCAACACUGGGGCUCUCAAGUUUCAGCUUCAUGACCCCAAUGCCCCAGGCAUUAUAUCUCUCAACAAGUUCAACCCAAUGGGAGACGUGUUGGGAUCUGGGAUGGGGUUCAGCAUUCUUAUUUGGAACCGAGAGGACAUUGUGAACAAGGGACAGGACAGGCUAAUGAGAGAAAUGGCGGAGGAAACUGGCCUGACCGGUGGUACCAGCAGCUCCAGAGCCCAGCAUCGGUCCCACCAGCGCCCUGGGGAUAGGAGGGGAACAGCUGAAAAGACCAAGCUCAAGAAAAAAAUGGAAAGUCUGGAAUCGCCAGGGACCAAAACAAAAACCAAAUCCAAAGAAAAUGUCAAACCUCAAAAAGACAAGAUGAAAAAAUAAGUCUUCAACUUCUUUAGUUGAACUGGCUUCAACAAAAAUGUGCUUAGCUAAAAGUUACAAAAGCAUUACAUAAUUCCAUUUCUUCAUUGAAAUUCUAUUUUUGGGAAUUAAUGAGAGUACAUUUUAAAAAGGUGCAAGGGUCAUUAGAUGGUCAAUUAUGUUUUAUAUCUAAGACAGUACAUGCACUCUAAAUUAUAAAUGGUAUAUAAACAAGACAAUAUGCAUGGUAAAAUUUGGACUGAUCUGCACCUUUCGUUGUUCAGUGUUUUUGUAUUUUUGCAUAUUAAAAGCAAUUUAACAGAA